AUGAGCUUUCUGAGUACGCACGAAAGUUGUCCAAUAUGUUUGGAAGCAUUCAAGGAUGGUUCCUUUGUGUUCCAGUUACAAUGUGGUCAUGUUUUUCAUCAGCAAUGUGUUGAGGAAUGGCUUAAAAAUGUGAAGUCCUGUCAAAUUUGCAGGAGUCAGCUU